UCUUUCCAAGCGAACAGCGGCUCCCGCUUUUGCUCCUGGCUGAUGUACUGUGCUCCGUUCUGCAGAUGCCUUUUUUCACCAAGUUCGUGACAACCAUCACCCCACCGGGGCAGCCCACUACCCUAAAGAUCUUGCUCCAUGACCAGCCAGGACCCGAUCUUACAGCCCUUCUCACAGCAGCAGCCUGGUUAAAAUCAGUGCUAGAGCUCACCUGAACACGGGAUGCAGGACUGUGCCGUACUCCUCCUGCUACCCGCUUGCACUGGGCUCUCCUUCCACUGGGUCCGGACAGGGAAGCCAGUGCUUCCAGCCUCCUGGACUGCAAGGGAGAUAAAGGAGAGAGCAUCCAGCCCCUCCACCAGUACUGAGGAACUUGAAGCAUCCCAGCCACGACGCAGCAAAACUUCUGUAUGCAGCAUUAUUGCCCACAUUGCCAAAAUGCACAUGCCAGAGCACACCCCUCCACCCUGAUGGUUUCUGAUGCAGGAGCUGGGAUACAUCAUGAGGCUGAACGAGGGGCCGACCAGAUCCUUUCAGGCUCCCGUGACCGUCCGUAACUACCCGAGCAGCCACGUCUAUGUGUUUCCAGAUGGCCGGUGGGACUCGGAUGAGUCAUCGGAGGAAGAGUUUGACGUCGUGGAGCUACGCCCGAGGGGCAAGGAGCAGCAGAGACGCGCGGCUUCCCGGGAGAAGGUCGGGGACGUGGUGCUGCUGGAACGAGAGAUCACGGCGGGCGACAGCCUUAACAAGCUCGCUCUGCAGUACGGCUGUAAAGUUGCAGAUAUCAAGCGCAUCAACAACUUCAUCCGGGAGCAGGACUUGUACGCUCUGAAGUCCAUCAAGAUCCCUGUAAAGACCCAUGGGGUGUUAACCGAGACCAGCAAAGAAUUAAAAGCUCCUCAGAGUGAACGUGCCCAGGCCGCCCUGACCCUCGUUGAUCCACCGGGGCCUGAGGAGGCAGCCUCGAGCAGCAGCUUUGUUGAAUCCGGGCACCUGACUGACUACUUUAAAGAGAUCGACAAGAGUAUUCAGGAUGUGGUGCAGUCGGAAGUCAGUAUAAACGUAGACUGCGUUGAGGCACCAAACUGGCUACCUGUCGGCUCUGGAAGACCGAAAGAGGCCAGUACAGGGGCAGACUGUGGAAUCCAGUGGUGGAAUGCGGUUUUCAUCAUGCUCCUGAUAGGAAUCGUCCUGCCGGUCGGCGAAUAUCCCGGUCCAGGGUGCUGGGAUGACAUAAAGGAUCAUGACACUCAAUAUUGCUGUUUUGAGAUACGUUAUUGCUGAUGCAGCCUCUUCCCGGCCUGAGGACGCACACGGACAGCACUGGUGUUUGCAGCAGCCCGGAAGCUGAAGAAGUGGUGUCCACGGCCAGGGGAGCUGCCAGCUGUGGUGCCUGAGUGCUGCCCCGAGGGCUGGACUGACCAGGGCAGGAUUGGGACAUGGUUUGGACACGGGGCUCUUUUGCAGCGAGGAGGAAGCUCUGGGCAGGAGCCAGGGGAGAAACCUCUGUUGUUUUUAAAAGGUGCCAAAAUCCUCAGGUUUCAUAAGGCAGCUGUGUCUAUUUUAAAUACAAAUGUAUUUUCUUCUGUGAAGGAAACUCUGUCCCUUUUGUUCUCUGAGGGUUGAUGUGAAACUUCUGAAUGGCGAAUGAGUCAAUAAAAGCACAACGGGAACUA